AUGCUUUAUGAACAGGUGCAUAGAGUCACAAGUGACAAGUCUGAUAAGCGGCUUCUGUUGGGAGAAUUGAGUAGGACUAUUGAUCCCAAUACAAUCACAAGUCCUUCUGUUCUUGCCGUACCAACAAAUGAGGACGCAAUAUUGACUCAAAUAUCUAUUCUUACCGGGAAAAUCAAAAGUAUUGAUCUCGAUGCUUCUUCAAUCGCUGAAUCCCUCGACCACAUCCAGGAUACGAAAAUCGUCGUGUCGUCUCCUCGACGUGACCACAUGUCCGAUCUGCCUGGCACGGAGGAUUUAAAAGGCAGCAUAUGGUCAAAAGUUUCCAAGAUGCUGAGAAUACAGCUCGCUAGUCUUGAUUUUGGGCUUAUAGGCAAACAAGUCGAGGAUCUUGUCGAACGGUUGAUUACAGUCCGCGAACGACUGCAUAUCGAUUUACUGUCACGUCGAAAAUGCGUGCACAUUAUUGCAAGGGCCACAGGAUAUCCCGAAAUCAUCCCAGGCGAGGCUACCAGUUGA